AUGAUAAAAGAAGUUUUAAAUGUUUAUAAUCUUCAUGAAGAUGACUUCAAUAAAUCAGAGCUUACCAACUUAAAGAAUAAGUUGUCUGUUUUUAAAGCAAAAGUGGGAAAUAAGUUAGAAAAGCAUAAUAGAAACUAUGACAGAUUGAUUUUAAAAGAGGGUGUUUGGCUACAGGAGGAGUUUUUUCCAGAUCUUGUUAAAAGAAUUAAAUCUAAAGAAGGUCCAGGUAGAAAAAAUAAAGUUUGGGAAAAUCUUGGUGAAAGAAGCAAAAGAGCUAAAAUUGCCCAUUUGGCUGAAAACAAUCAUGAAGCAUUGGCUUUAGCUUCUUUAAAAAGUGCUGCAACUGAAUCCAACAUUAAUAAAAACAAUUUUAUCUUUAUAGUAAAGAAGGCUUUGGACCCAGAUAAAGCAAAUGAAAUUAGAAAAAACAUGUCUAUGCAUGAACCUGUUAAAAUGAAAGUUGAAGAUGCUCUCAGCCUAAAAAUUCAAUGUGAUCUGUCCGAUGAACAAUAUCAGAUAAUCAGAAAUAGCUCCCUAUUACAAAAUGCAAACAUCUAUCCGUCUCUUCAUAAAAUUUUAACUGAAAAAAAUAAAUGCUAUCCUGAUAAUAUGAUUUUUUCAGAAACAUCUGCAGUUUGCUCCCUUCAAUCUCUUUUUAAUCACACACUGUGUAGAGUCUUGAGUCUAAAUAGUUGCAACAAAAUAUUUUCUGAAUUAUCGGUUAAAGAUAUCAAUCAACAUGGAAUUAUGCAUUUCAAAGGUGGUUUUGAUGGAGCGUCUAGCCAGAGUCUGUAUAAACAAAAAUAUUUAGAUACAACUCUAGAUGAAGUUAUUAAAAAUGAAGAGAGUAUUUUCCAAACAUCUAUUGUGCCUCUUAAACUGACUGUUAAUGAUACAGUAAUCUGGUACAACAAAAAACCAUCUAGUACACAUUUCUGCAGACCAGUAUGUUUGCAGUACAAGAAGGAAACAAAUGUGCUAAUUAAAGAAGAAGAAGAACGAUUACGGAUUGAAAUUCAGAAACUUGAACCAUUUGUAGUAAGUUUAGAAUCAAAACCGACUGAGUCAUCUAUGAUGACAGCAAUUAUAAAGUAUAAUUUGGAUUUGACUAUGUUUGAUGGUAAGGUUAUUAAUGCACUGACAAGUACUACCUCUUCUCAAAGCUGUAAUGUAUGUUCAGCAAAGCCAACAGAGAUGAAUGACAUUAAAUUGAUUAGAUCUAAACCUGUCAAUAAAGAAGCUUUAUUUUUUGGCCUUUCACCUCUUCACUGUUGGAUAAGAUGCUUUGAGUACAUUCUUCACCUUGGAUAUAAAUUGAAAAUUAGGUCAUUUUAUGCUAAAACAUCUGAGCAGAAAGAAUCAGUUAAAGAAAGAAAAGCAUUUAUUCAAAAGAAGUUUAGGGAAGAACUAAGUCUUAUUGUUGACAUGCCAAAACAAGGAUAUGAUUUAGAUCCAAGCUCUUUUCAAAGUUAUUGCAAUGAUACAACAGAUAAAAUUCUUUCUGAAUAUAAUUGGUAUGUUAUUCCUCCAAGCGUUCACAAACUUUUAGAACAUGGUUUACAGAUUGCCAAUGCAUUAGAACUUCCCAUUGGAGUUUAUUCAGAAGAAUCACUAGAGGCUCUUAACAAAGAGAUUAGAAAUACAAGAUUAAACCAUUCAUGCAAAAUUUCAAGGAUAAAUGUUAUGAAAAACCAAUUUAACUAUCUUAUGAUAAGGAGUGAUCCAGUUAUAUCGAGCAUUCAAUUCACUAACCAUAGAUGUGAAAAUGGGAAAUUGCUCCCAAUAGAAGUUCUUUCUCUUCUUAAACAGUUGUGA